AUGGUGAUGAUUAUCAAUAACAAGAUAAAGCCUCCAGGAGGAGAACCAAUCUGGUCAUGGUAUUCAAGGGCGGAACAACUAGAUUAUCUGAAAGGGUUCCUUAAGCCACUCGCAGUCGAGGCAGGCGGAACAUCAAAAGCUAAGGAUCCUGAGGAUAUAAUUGUUCUAUCGGAUACUGAGGACGAUAUUAACAAAGAAAAUACUCCUGUAGAAAAACCGUUGCCCUUAGUUUCUAUAAAACAAGAACCUUUAGAUGAUGGACAUGAAAAUUCAUCUGUUCUUGAUAAGAACCUGCCCUUGCCUGUUGAUAUUAAUCCAAUGUCUGCUGUUGUAUAUGGUCCACAUCAACUUGAACCCCCUACUUCCCUAUUUUCUAAGCUUAAUCUGUUUAACAUCAUGGAUGAACAUAGAAGGUCAACCUCUCUUGUCAACCGAUUAUCUGUCCCCUUAAACAUACCUCAAGUUACAAAACCCUCACAAAAUCCAAUCCUAUCACUACCACAAUCACAACCCACAGAAGCAAAUAAGCCUAAACAACAAAAUCCUGAAAUCUCAUUUCCUAUCCAGUCAGAAGAGUCACACACUGAUGAAACUAGGUCUGAACCUCCAACUGAACCAAACCCAGAAAUAACUCCAGCCAAUCCUACUGAUGAAUUUCCACUGGACUUUGAGAUUGAAUAUGAAACAGGAAAUGCUCCAGCAAUACAGGUUGCAGACCCAGCUGAUGAAGAAGACAAUCUACCUCUGUCACAAGUAAAGAGAAACAAAGAAAAGGAUAAAGGCAAGAAGAAGGUCCAAGAAGAACAAGUUGACAAAAAUCCAGUGACAAAAAUUCAAGUCUUCUCAGUCCCUGCUACAAGACGUAAAACCAAAUCUUCCACAAUCACAGAACAAAAGGAAAAGGAAACACCAUCACCUGUCCGCAAAUCCAAGAGAAAACAAUCAACUGCUGAACAAACUGUGUCUCAGGAAACCACUGGCAGUAAGAAGAGAAAGAAGAACAUUCAAACUCAACAGCCUGAAAGCCAGCCGGAUGUAUCUGCUGUUGCACCUCUUGAAUUGAUCACUCCUCAAUUUCUGUCUGAUGAAUUCGCAGCAAGAUGGGACUCCAUAAACCAAAGGAAGAUUUUGAGUGAAAGGUAUCUUGAUGUUGAAAAGUUCAAAUCCCAAUGCCAACUCAUGCCGGUAUUUGAGAAAUUGAAUCUAGUCAAGUCUGUGACAACCCAGAGAAGCUACCCACCCAUUGCCAUAAAAGAAUUCUAUGCAAACCUGAUGAUGACCAUCAAGGAGGCUGGAUCAUCACAAUAUGGGCGUGUAUGUCUGAGAGGAAAUGAAUACAAUUUCAAUACUCCCACCAUCAACUUGUAUCUGGGCAUUGAUGCAAAUGAUAUUGACGAUCCAGUUCUUGGGGCAAACACCAUCACUAAGGUCAUUACAGGAGGAACAUAUAGCUAUUGGCCUACUGAAACCAACAUGCUACCUGCCAAAUCCUUGACAACAAAGUAUGCAAUUCUGCAUAAAAUUGCCAUGACAAACUGGAUGCCAAAUGAACACAGAGGAGGACUAAACUUGCCCAUGGCCACUCUAAUAUACAAAAUAGGAAAAGGAAACCAGAAUCAAAGGAAAAAAAAAGUGAAGCUGCCUUUUCCUUGUACAAUCUAUGGAGUACUGCGCACACAAGGAUUCAAACCAGAGCAAAAUGAGCCUAUGGAAACCCCUCAAGUCAGAAUGAUUGAUGCCAGACUCAAACAAGGAUCACAUCAUCUUGAUAGAAGCAUCAAAGAUCUCAACACAAUCAUUCAAAUACUUGUUGAGAAGAGAACAGUUGAGAUGCAACUGAGCGAACAAUUGAGAAUCAGAGAUCAAGAAAUGACUGCUUUUGUUCCUGAACUACCUACUGAUCCUUCCAGGGUAAAUGAUGAACAAACUGCUGAAAUCCCACCAGAAACUGACACAACCCUGAACAGCAAGGAGAAGGCUGAAUCCUCAGAAUCAGAAUGA